UUUACCGCAAGCGUAACAUUACUUGGAGAAAUUUAUUAUUAGACUUUGUGAACAAUCGAAUAAUUCGCGGGAACGUAAAAUUCGAUUAGGGUGAUGGUUGGUAGCACUGCCACACGUGCGCAGACGGUGUUAAUCGCCUUGGGACUGUGUUGAGGUUAAAGAAUCAAUGGUAUUGAAUUUGAAAAUUAUCUUGGCCAAAAAAUUAUCUCGCGCGUGAUUCGAUAAAUAGCGAAUGAAUUGGCAUUACACUGGUACGCGCGUUCGCAAAGGUAUUUUGCGAUAUCUCACGGACACUCGCGGUAUGCCGAAACACGGAUCAAAGAAGGGUGCAAAAGCUCCGAAAGUGGCGGUGAACGAGGGACCCAAGGGGCCUGUGAGUGUAAAUAAAGAUGGAAAUGUUACUAUAAAAAUUGCAGCAAAACCUGGUGCAAAGCAUAAUAGUAUAACAGGUGUUUCUGAGGAUGCGGUAGGCGUCGCGAUUUCCGCGCCUCCGGUUGAAGGUCAAGCGAACACAGAACUUGUAAAAUAUGUAGCUUCAGUAUUGGGAAUGAGAAAGUCUGACGUAUCGUUAGACAAAGGUUCGAAAAGUCGACAGAAAGUUGUGGUAGUGGAGAACACCACUGUGGAAAAGGUUUUGGAAAAAUUAAAGGGACAAGAGGGAACAUCAAAAUAACAGUUUACUACAACAUUCCCAUUUUUUCAUCAUAAUGAUUAUUUCUUUUUUAAUAUUCGUAAUGUUAUACUCCUCUUAAUAAUAAGACAUAUUUACUGUACAUAAAUAUGGCCAUCACUUCAAUACACGAACAUGUUUGAUUAUUUUAUACAAUAAAAUAGAAUCUUUAUACAA